CUGGCUUUUCGUUUCAGAGAGAAAACAUUUAUUAGUAAAACGCAACGGUAAUUGACACAAUGGCAGACUUCCAACCAAUAUUAAGUCAAGGGUAUGGUUAUGGAUUUGCCGUAGGCAUUGGUGCAGCCUUUGCGCUCUUGAUGGCAAUCUUGACCAGGAUUCUUUCAAGGUUCAUGGGACAAGUGCAGAACUCAGAAAGGUUUUCCACCGCGUCGAGAAAUGUGAAUUCGGGGUUGAUUGCUUCAUCGACGGUUUCUGCAUGGACAUGGCCCGCAACGCUACUCUCGUCAGGGGCUUGGAGUUAUACACACGGAAUUUCUGGCGGUUUCCUAUACGGUGUCGGGGGUACUGUUCAAAUUACACUAUUUCUGUUUUUGGCUAUCCAGAUAAAGCUGAAGGCGCCAACUGCACAUACAGUUUCAGAGUGUUUUGCAAUAAGAUUCGGAACUGCUGGUCACUGGGUCUACCUGUGCUACUGCAUUUGUACAAAUGUCUUGAUUUCGUCGUUGCUCUUGUUGGGAGGAUCGCAGGGGUUUGCUGCGGCCACCGGGAUGCAUGUUGUUGCCGCAAGUUUUCUUCUCCCAUUGGGUGUCAUGGCCUAUACUGCCCUAGGUGGAUUGAAGGCAACAUUUAUUUCCGACUGGAUCCACACGGUGAUCAUCUACAUCAUUUUGAUUGUCACUUCUUAUACAGUCUACUGUACAUCCUCAUUGAUCGGAUCGCCAUCGAAGAUGUAUGACCUAUUGAAGGAAGUUGAAGAGGUAUUUCCAAGCGCCUCUGGCCAGAGUUACUUGUCUUUCCACGACUCCGAGAUGCUUUUCUUGACAUGGUCGGUCAUGUUGGGUGGGUUGAGCUCAGUGUUUGGUGAUCCUGGCUACUCCCAGCGUGCAAUUGCCUCAGACGCCAAAAGUGUCUUUCAAGGAUACCUAAUGGGGGGACUCUGCUGGUGGGUGAUUCCGAUGAGCUUGGGCUCGUCUGCGGGUUUGGCGUGCCGGGCGUUGUUGCUCAACCCUUCGUUUGUCACCUAUCCGAACCCACUUUCUGCAGCAGAAAUCGACUCCGGGAUGCCUGUCAUUUACGGGAUGUACAUGAUUUUCGGCACGAGCGGCGCUGCUGCUGGGUUAUUGAUGUUAUUCAUGUCAGUGACAUCUGCGUCUUCCGCUGAGUUGAUUGCAUUCUCGUCUGUUGCCACCUAUGACGUGUACCGGAUCUACAUCAAGCCGGACGCCAGCGGGAAGGAAUUGGUGAGGAUCUCGCAUUUGGCUGUCUUCUCGUUCAGUAUGUUAAUGGCGGUGCUUUCCGUUGUCUUCAACUACAUCGGGGUCACGGUUGGAUGGUUGUUGAGCUUUAUUGGGAUCAUCUUGUCGCCGGAGGUGUUUGCAGUGACGAUGAUGUUAUUCUGGCCCAAGAUGACAAAACUGUCGUUGCUCAUCGGCGCUCCCCUGGGCACGCUGACUGGUAUCGGGUGUUGGGUAGGUAGCACGUACGUGUAUGGGGGGCACAUUGUGAACAAGGACACGUUGAUGGUGUCGAAAGCCACGUUCAUCGGGAACAUUGCGGCCUUGUUCAGCGCACCCAUCUACAUUGUCAUCAUCAGCCUGCUCAAGCCGGACACGCAUCCGUUCGACUUGAACCUUUUGGGCAAGGACAUCAAGAUGGCGGACGACUACGACCAGGAGGAGGAGGAGGCAAUACACGUGAGCGAGAAGGAUAAGAAGGUGUUGAAGAAACAGUCGAUCUUCUCGAUUGCCGUGAAUUUUUUCAUCCUCCUUCUGGUGUACGUCAUGGUUGCGUGUGUGCUUUUCGGGGUGAAGAAGGACUUCAGCAAGUCUUCCUUUGUUGCCUUCAUUGUUGUGUGCCUCAUCUGGGUCGUGCUUGCUGCCAUCUACAUCAUCGUGUUGCCGCUCUACCAGGGGAGACACUCGCUCAUGUUUGUCCUCAAGCACCUCGUGCGGUUCAGGAUCCCUGACCACCCAAUGAACUACACAGAGCGUCAUGCCAGCGAGCACCCACACGUGCUCGACGGCGACAUCGAGACCUCCAGCAUCGAGGCUGUCAGCUACGUCCACGAAAGCAAGACCUAGCCUCUUUGCCCGACUCUGUCUGUACUCUAUCAUACUUUUUUUAACUCAUCAUUUUUCCACCUCCACCAUUGCUGCUCCCGCCGUAGUCUGUCGUCAUCGUCCUUGUCCUCGCCCUCGUCACACUCGACCCCCAGACACCCUCGACAGGCCUCUUUUCUGUUUCCGUCUGUCUCUCCGGUGCUUCCGCCGCCGGCGUCCGCCAAUCAGAGGCCCCUUGUUGCAUUGCAACGUCGCAAAAUCCCCGGAUCCCGGUGCGUCGUGCUCCGAGCCGGGGCGGCCCCCCGUCACAGCGUCACCGCGGUGCCCCGGAGAUUUCCAUUUCCCCGUUGCGCGCGAGUUGCCCGUCUUCCGAAAAGGGCUACUGGUGUGGGGUGCCGGGCAGCGAGUCCGGCCGGCAGGGGAUGAUUCAGACGGGGCGCCGGGCCGGGGGAAUGGAGG